AUGGCUGAACCGCAGGAUUUGCAGGUUCCCAACGUCUCGCAGACUCCAAUCACCCCCGCGACAGCAAAACCGUCCCCCUCUUUAUUAGCUUGCUUGCUUUGCCGCCACAAGCAUCUUAAAUGUGAUGGCCAAACUCCCGUCUGUGGCCGCUGUCUUUCAAGUGGCUCAGAAUGCCAAUACACAAAAUCCCGCCGGGGCUAUCAGGGCUCCAAAAAACGCCGCGCUCUUGAUUCUCCUGAUACUCCUCUUGUGGAAUCCGCCGAUAUAGUCCAUCCACUUGUCGACUGGCAUAGUCAGGAGACCUUCCAAUAUGCUCCCACCGUUCCAAUCUCAUCAUCUGGGUCUGUAAGCCCUGGUAUGAACGACAUGUCUGUCACAAUGGCUCCACCUGUCGCGCGGUCUUUCACUGGGCCGCUGACUCCCGAGUCGGCCUCGUCGGUCGCUACUGAUGGGUACCUCCUCGAUAUCUACUAUACCUAUUUUCAUUCGGCCCAUCCAAUCCUCCCGCCUCUUCGGUUUCAUUUCCGUUCUCCUUUCCCGCCGUUUUUGGAACAUGUGAUGAAAUUCAUUGGAUCCCACUUCACCCCCGCAGCCUCCAGUGAUACAUACCGCCCCAAUGUAGUGACUGGGGUGCGCGAGCAAGACUCGUCGGUCGAAAAGGUCCAGGCACUUCUCCUGUUGGCGAUUGUGUUGCACUCACGUAAUGAACGAAGUGAAGCUGGCGUGUGUCUGGCUACUGCUGUGGACGUGGCAUUUGAGCUUGGCAUGCACCAAGCAACGUUCGCCGAGCUUGCUAGUCAUGGAGACCCAGUUCGUGCGGAGUGUUUGCGCCGGACCUGGUGGGAACUCUUUGUGAUUGAAGGUCUGCUCACAGCUCUGGGAGUACAGCAGGUGUACCGCACCAGCCAGGUGCCGCUUGUAGUGCCGCUGCCGUGUGAGGAGCGCAUUUACCAGGACGGUCUUACCCCACCUACACCUGCAACCAUCGAGCAAUUUGACAAUCGUUUCUUUGACGACGAUGAGCGGGACUUUUCUUCCUACUCAUAUCGAAUCGAGGCCGUGCGGGUUCUUGGUCGAGUAGUAGCGACGCAGGAGAUGACGGAAGGACAGCAGAGCAAUGUUGAAGCUAUUGACGCAAGAAUUGCCAGCUGGUUCCACCAUCUGCCUGAGUCGAAGUCAGAGUUGAUUCGGCCAGAUGGGUCCAUUGAUGAGAUCAUGUUCCAGGCAACCAUGAUCAUUAACGGUGCCACCAUCUACCUAAACUUCCCGCGGUCGGAUCUCUUAUCGUCUCCUGCCGUUGCAUCGGAGGUGAUCUGCGGUCAUCAUGGUCCGAUCAGUGUUCCUGCUUUCUCUCAUCAUGCGCAUGCCAUGAAGGCCGUCAAUGCAGCCAGGGAACUUUCUUCGCUUGCGGCUAUUCGUCUGCCAGUCGAGCGUCACACGCCAUUCUUUAUCUGCGCUCUCACACUCAGUUCCAUUGUCCAGCUGGCCGCUUGCUCCGUCAAGGCGGGUAACAUGCCCGACCCCAGCCGUGAUCGCAUUGGUCUCACCAUUGGCGUUUUCAAGUCUCUGGCGAGAACCUGGGCCAUCUCGCAAUCCAUCAUGCGUCAGAUCAAGGCCGUGUCUCGCGACGUAUUGGAGCUCGGCGUACGACCAACCAUGGAUCAAAUGGAUCUCACCUCGAUGCUUGAUACUGGACUUUUCUGGCCACAAGACGGCCCCAGCUGA